AUGUUCAGCGACUCUUGGUCUCAAAUCACAGCGACAGAGGACCUUUCGCCAAGUGACCCUCCUGCCUUGAGACUUCCUUCCAAAGUAGUAAAAAGCAUAGCCGAAUACUUAACACAGUCUGACUGUUUCAACUUCUGUCUGGUAAACAAAGGAUGGUUCCCAGCUGCAAGUGAAGUCCUUUGGUCUGCUCCUUUGUUCAAGACGCCCGAUUCAUUUCACUCGUUCGUACGGGCUAUUAAUGAUUCUAAAAUAUGCGCUCUACGAGUGCGUGUAUUAGACCUAUGUGCUCCGGGGGAAGAAAAGACGUCUGCUUUUGCACCCGUGCUGGAGAGUAUGUGGGGUGUUCAUCUAAGUAUGCGUAGAACGGUGUUGGCUAAGCCACAGUGGAUAUUUAGGAUUGUCAGCCAGUGCGAAUAUCUGCAGAGUUUGAAGAUAUACGGAUGGAAUCUUGCUGAUGAACAUAUUGGUGGUUUAUUACAAUACGGAUGGCUCAAGGAAUUUCGCGUCAUUGGGAAUACUUCAUUGACUCAGAGGGCACUCAACACAUUAAUGAAUUCCGUAUCCGAUCUACGUGUACUGCACCUGGAUGGAAUAUUCAAAUUAUCUGAUAAAUUGGCUGGAGUGAUGGCUAACAAAUGUCCACAUUUGACAUCAUUAAAGCUAUGUACGCAGACUAUGACCUCAACAGGUUUUGACAUUCUUGCUAAUGGAUUCACCCAAUUGAAAGAAUUAACCCUACAACAGUGUCCAAAUCUUACUGACGCUAACGUUGCUAGAUUUGUUGAAAAUAGCACUAAAUUACAAUCACUCUCUUUGAGUGGGGAUAGACUGACUAUCGAGUCGUUUAAGAUCAUAUUGUACUCAUUAGAACGAUUACAGCAUCUGGACUUGAGAUGCUCACCAAGAUAUCAAGACACCCCACAUACUAAACAUCUCCUAACUCCUGUAGCACAUAGACUGCGUACCUUAUUAUUAGAAUGCUUACCGAUCGAUGAUGAUUUAAUCGAUAUCAUAACUGCCACUUGUAAGCUAUUGGAGAUAUUUGGAUUGUCUGGGUCUUCAUAUGCUACGGAGAAGGGAAUUCAGAGUAUAACUAAGCAUUGUCGACAUUUACGGGUGGUCGAAUUACUGCAUUGUAAAAAGAUAAACGAAAAUUGUCUUGAAUACUUGGCUCAAGCAGGGAGUCGAUCAAUCACUCAUCUUACCAUCGCAUCAUGCGGACAGUUUUCGUCCGCAGCAGUACAUUGGUUUGCUUCUCAAUUAUCAACAUCACUACAAAGGCUGACAUUCACUGACAUGCCAUCUAUUUCUGAUUCAUUUAUUUAUGAUUUUGCCAAGGAACGCCAUCAUAGCCGUACAUCACGUGAAUGUACUAUCGAGGGUGAUGAUCUGGCUAGGUUAGCGCAGGCACCUCGGCGGCAUCGUCCACCUCGUCAGUCCAGGUCAGGGAAUUUGACUACAUCCGACAUUCAAGCACUGGCGGUUGAAUUAGGAUUACCAGUCGAUGAUGUUGACAGAGCAUUUAAAAAGGUAUUGAGUAGUACGCCAAAUGCUACACUAUCGGAAGAGAACAACCGUCACAAACGCACACCAAAUGUGGAUGCAUUCAAUAAAGUCACACCAAACAAAGACCUAUCGAACAGACAGAAUCGCUGGGAGUUUUCAACUAAUAGCCAAGAGACGAAAAAUGAGACCACUUAUCAUUCACCCGUAGAUUACCAAACGGAGUAUCAAACGGAAUAUCCAUCGGACAACAGAGGGGAUUCUCAUCGUGCUCGUGGAUCGCUUUCGAGCGUGAGCAGCCAGAACGAACAUAAUUAUCGAAUACACGGUGAGCACGGUAAUAAAUACAACUAUAGUUCACGUGAAAUCCCUUCGGCUUCAAAGCGCAACGGCUCAACAUCUUCAACAACUGGCGAGCUCUCCGCUCCAUCAUCAAGGCGAGAUUCCAUAUCAUCAAUCAUUAAAAAGACCCAAACUGGAUGGUCAACGAUCAAUGUAAAAUUGUUUAAUUUGUAUGAAACAUCUGCGAUUGAAGAGAACGACAAGAAAAGUGAAUACGCGGACGAGUAUUCAGGUGGAUAUACAAAAGAUAAAAAUACACAUAAGACGGUUAUUCCAUCAUCAUUUAAUUCACCUGCUAUGCCAAAUGAGUCGACAUCAGAUCUUAGCGACUCGUCGGGAACAUACAGUCCAAGGAGUACAGUUAAUAAACUUAGGUAUCAGGACGAAUAUGAUGAUAUAUCACGUAAGCAACCAUCAUACGAAGACGCAACUAAUAAACAAACACCACUUCACCCACAAAAUCAACCACCAUUAUCACACAACCGCCCGGUCCGUUACUCAUCUCCGACCUACUCGCCUCCACCGACCUAUUCACCCCCACCCUCAACCCCACGUCAAUCUGUACCCCACGCGUCGGUAUUUCGAUCGUCUCAACCCACACAGAAGCAACAACCUCCAUAUUCAUAUUCAUCGCGGUACAACAAUUCAACAGGAUCUUAUCAUCGAGGAGCAGAAUCGUCUGCAUCACUGCGGAAGAAAUCCGAUGCCUACUCAGAUGACGAAUCUAUUAGUGAUGAUGAGAAGCGCAACGAAAGAGAACAAUCAAGAAGAAUGUAUGCCGAUGUCCUAUGGUCUAAACUUGGGUCGAGAACAGGUUUAAACCCGCGCACUGAAACUAAGCAAAAUGACUCACAUUCGAGCGCCCGCGUCGAAUCUCGCAUUCUAUCUCCUCAAAAAACUAGUUCCCAGCAACAAUCCUCAUGGGAGAGCAUCGGGAUCUACAAAAUCCGCUCUCAUCAAAAACCCUCGGAUGAACACGACAAUUCCCUUUACAAGAGAACCUCCGGUAUGGGAAGUCGCGUUGAAAUAUUGGAUGAUGAUGGAUGGAAUGAUGGUGAAUGGGGAAACGAUGAUUUUGAUAUCGAAAGACAAAGGGAGGUCUCGGAAGAAUCGGAUAGAGACUACGAUAGACACAGACGAGGAUAUAAUAGGAUAGACAAAGGCAAGGCAGUCUUACGUGAUGAACCCGAAUCCGCUAGUUAUCGUACUUACAAUAGAACAAAAGACAAUAUAGCACGUACUCCAUCUCCAAUUUCUCCAGCUUUUCAGUUACCAACCCUAUCUACGCCUCCCGUUUCUUCAUCGUAUGCAUCGACAAGUUCGGCUACAGUAAAUCAGAAACCAACACGACCAUCUUCAUCGACUCGAUCUUCACCAACACCUCUCCCCAACGCCACUACCGAUACUGCGAACCGACGUCCUUCCACAUCCUCUUCCGACUUUGAAUGGCCCGUACACAAUCCCGCGCUAAAUGCAUCAAAAUCGUCCCCCAUCCAGACCAAACGUCAAAACACAAAUGCCUGUUACAAUGACGAAUGGCCCACCCCACGGGAAGCAUCGUCAACUCCCCAAAACCAAUCUUCAAGACAAGAUAUAGACUUGGGUGCUUGGGGACAAGUACCAGUAGAUCUUGCUUCGGCUUGGGGUACAUCUAAAAAAUGGAUAUCUGACGAGCAACCUUCUUCAUCGCCUCCGAAAGAACAACCUUGGGUUUCGCCUGAUAUUUCAAAGUUAGAGGCUGUCCCAAUGCCAGAACCCAAAAUCCCGCUCUAUUUCAAGCGGAAGAAAGGUGGAGGUUUUUCCUUCGAAUGUGAUGAUACAGAGGGAUGGGGUGCGCCACCGCAAAAAGUCGUUUCUUGGCAAGAUGAGUCACAAGGUUACUGUCAGGAAUUAAUCGAAGAACAGAAGCAAACAGAGUUUUGGCAGAAUAGAGAUGGACAAUGGGUGAAACUCACGGACACUCCGCAAAUAGAAUCGCUGGUGCUCGAAAAGAACUCGGAUGUGGACUCAUCAGACAAAAAUAGUGAUGAUGAGAAACCGCAGAGGCAUAAGAAAUCGGAUAUUAAGAUAACAAGGACAGCUAUGCGGCAAGAUGAUGAAUCUUCUCAAACGAUGAUGACGCAAGAUGAUAUUUUGGAAGAUACUCGUAAACAGCGCGAAUUUUCCAGCUCUACUAAAACAACAACUACCAUUAACAGUAGUCGUGUCCAAAGCCGUGUUUCCAAAGAUGCAAUACCAAUACUGAGAAGCGAAGACACAGUUAAGAACGAGUCGACAAUUACAGAUGUCCGAAGAGAUACCCUUGGAGGAAGGAUUGUGCGAUUGGGUCGACCACAGUGGAAAACUGAGGCAGAGUUUAGGAGAGCGAAAGUUUUCGACAGUGUCUCGAACACCCAUGAGAAUAACACGCAGAAAACUGAGAGUUCGUCAGGAACGAAUGAAAACGUAAAGAAACAAGAUGAUGUUGAGAAAAAUAAGGCUUUCAACGAAAAUACUGGAAUGUCGGACCAAACCUCUGAUUCACCCAUUAUUACUGAUAUACCGUCUCCACAUAUUGCUUCCGAUUCCACCGACAAAAACUUAGAAAAACCGCACGAACAACAUGAGAUGCUCGAAGAGUCUUCAAGUGUGGAGAAGGCGAAGACAGAAACUGAUAUUGAAGUGAACAAGGAAAAUGGAAAACUAGAACAAAAUGAACAACAAGAGGAUGAAAGUAAUGUUCUAAAUGGUAGCCAUGACAUUAACGGCACGGACAGUGGUGUGAAUGAGGAUCAAAAAAUUGAUGCAAAAAUAGAUGAUAAUGAAAAGGAUAAUGGGACUUUCUCAUCUAUUGCGCUAGAAUCGGAAGCGCAAUCAUUAUCUUCGCACGAGCCCAAUCCACUAUCGUCUGAGUUGGCCGCUGAAUCUGUCGACUCAUCCAACCCUCAAAAUACAAACAAUGCCAGCCUAACAACAGACACAUAUUCUGAAAUUCAAACUACAGUGACAAUGUUAACUGAAACUCCGACCAAGUCAUCGAUGGAGAAUAAGGAUGUGCAUGAUACGAAUCCUGUAAAUGGUGUCAGUAAUAAUGAAAAUGGCGUGAGCGAAAGCGGAAGUACUGACAGUCAGGAAAAUAAGGGGAAGAAUGAGGAUAGAGGCAAGGAUAACGAAAAGCAAGCGAACGAAAAGAUUCUCUCUGUUACUACGGAAAAAUACGGAACACAGACGUUAUGUCUGACACCGGAACAGGACUUAGAGGAAACGAUAAGGGAAUUCUGUCUUAAAUACGACAUGCAGGGAAACGAACAGCUGCUUAUAGAUCAUAUAAAGAGGAAAGUAUUAAGUAAGAAGAAGAAAAAUAAGCGAGACAAACUGACAAAUGACACGAGUGCAGCGCAGCCGUCAUUGGAGAAGUUGUUGACUUGA